AUGACCAAAGUUAUCCUUGUUACCGGCGCCACUGGCAAACAAGGUGGCAGUGUGGUCGACAAGCUGCUUGAAAGAGAUGCAGAUGUGGAGAUCCUAGCUGUGACUCGCGAUGCCAGCUCCAACGGAGCUCAGAAACUCAAGAGCAAGUCUUCAAAGAUCAAACUUGUCCAAUGUAGCCUGGAUGAGCCUGAAGCAAUCUUUGCCAGCGCCAAACAAGUUACUUCGCAGCCUAUUUGGGGUGUAUUCAGUGUCCAGGUGCCAGUACUUACCGCAUCAGUCCAAGAAGCUGAAGAGCGACAAGGAAAGAUCCUAGUGGACGCGGCUUUAAAGAACGACGUCAAGUUCUUCGUCUACUCAUCUGUGGAUCGCGGCGGUGAUGCAUCCUAUGAAACCACCACAGACGUUCCUCAUUUCAUCAGCAAGCACAAUAUCGAGCAUCAUCUAGUCGAGAAGACCAGAGGUACUGAUAUGAUCUGGACAAUCCUGCGCCCCGUAGCAUUUCUCGACGCCUUCAGCCCAGAUUUUACUGGGAAGUUCUUUACCACAACAUGGAAGACAGUUGUACGACACAAGAAAUUCCAAACCAUCUGUUUAAGCGAUAUUGGGUUCUUUGCGACGGAAGCAUUCCUAAACCCAGAUGAAUGGAAGAAUAAGUUCCUCUCAUUGGCUGGAGAUUCGCUCACAUUCGAGGAAAUGUCGAAGAUUUUCUAUGCGAAGAUCGGUCGCAGUGUUCCCACUACUUUUGGCUUUAUUUGUACAUUUGCUUUGUGGUGGUUGCCAGAUUUUGGGAAGAUGUUUCACUGGUUUUAUAAUAGUGGAUUUGGGCCUGAUAUUCCUGCUUUGCGGAGGAUGCAACCUGGAUUGAAGAACUUCGAGACUUGGUUGGAGACUGAAAGUGCAUUUGUUACUAAAUACUGGGUUCAAGUUGAUAUGGAGUAA